AUUUAUUAUAUGGAUGGUUAUUGGACAAAUGGUCAGCAAAAGAGUAAUUUCAAGGGCAGUUACACGACAUUGUGAGGAGAUGACACUGGAAGAAAAGGCCGGCUUGAAGAGGAAUUUGGCAAGAACAUAUCAGGGAUUGCACUGGACAUUUUGGAAAUUACCUCCAUUUCAAAAGGGAGUUAGGGAAUUAUUUCCACAAGAUGACGCUUUGGUGACAAACACAGCAACUGAAUCACAAAUAAGUGAAGCACCUAAGGGAACUUGUCCAGCAGAAAUUAAACCGGGAGUUAAACUUUGUCCAGUGCGUUACGUGCAACAAACUGAUAAAAGCAGAAUUCCAGAGAAUAUCGUUCAAGCUCGCUGUAACUGUGAACAUUGUUUCCAUGUCAAUUCAUCCCUCUUGGUGGGGAAGUGUGAGGAAGUGCAAGUACUUACACCAGUUUUGAGGAGAACAGUCGGCGAAUGUAAAUAUAAGCAGGACAUAGAACACGUGACCAUUGCAUGCACAUGCAGGAUGCAACAGUUAGAAAUAGUCAAUGUAUAAAUCUAGUAAAUUGUAUGUAAUUAUUUGUCUGCCAUUGAAAGAGAACAUGUGAAUAAAAUC